UUUCGGCUCAGUCAUGUGAUCAGCUGUGUCCAAUCACAGCUGAUCGCACUGAUCAUCAGGGCACUGCUCAGUGUAGACCCAUCAGUGCCACCUGUCAGUGCCAGCCCAUCAAUGCCAGCUGCCAGUGCCCAUCAGUGCCACAUAUCAAUGCCACAUGCACAUCAAUGCAACAUCAGUGCCCAUCUGAGCUGCCUUUCAGUGUUUCAGUGCCACCUAUCAAUGCCAGUCAGUGCCGACUAUCAGUGUGCAUCAGUGCCACCUAUCAGUGCCAGUGAGUACCGCCUAUCAGUGCCAUAUAUGAGU